GAGCAACCGUGGCGGCCCGCCGCGGCGCUGAGGUGCUGAUGAAUUUUAGUACCCUUCAGACUCCAUUUGUGUCCUAACAUGGACGUGAUUGAAUCAGCCUCCACAGAAAGCACGAUUGCUGAGAAACCCUUCAAGAAGAUACCCAGCGUCCUUCUGGACAGCCUAGUGGAGGAACCUAAAAGGAGACGUGCUGUCCCCAAUCACUUGCUGGAAUCAAAGGUUUAUUCAGAACGCCAGAGGAGCAACGUUGUACAGGCCGAGCCUGCUGUGCUGCACUACGGAGGGUAUGAAGUUGGAAAACAUCACCAGCAGACGCUGAAGCUGAUAAAUAUUUCUGGUGAUGUAAUAAACCUUCACAUCAUACCACCCCAGACAAAGUAUUUUCAGAUUAAAUACAACAAAACUCAUCGGCUUGUCCCUGGCUUGUCAUACGUUGUUACUGUUGAUUUCUGUCCUGAUGAGUGGCGCUAUUACUAUGACUGCAUCCGAAUUCACUGUCAGGGAGAAGAUACAUUACUUGUUCCUGUGCAUGCUUAUCCUGCUAUGAAUGUUGUGGAAUUUCCAUCGUUUAUAAAUAUGUCUGAUGUAUCAGUUGGUCAGAGUAAGGAGUAUGUCAUCCCACUGCAGUGCAGCUGCCCAAUAGAUUUUGAAUUCCACAUUGAUUUUAUUCAGUCUCACAGAGCCUUCACCGUCCAGCCAACAUUUGGAAUCAUUCCAGGCGAUGGGAAAGUGGAAGUUACUGUGAAAUAUUCCCCACUCGAGUAUGGAACAGCACAAAUGAAAAUGCAACUGUGGAUUUCACAGUUCCACUCAAAGCCCUAUGUAUGUGUCUUCACAGGAACAUCAACACCCCAUCUGGGUCUAAUAAAUGAACGAUUUGAAAAACAACAAAGUCGUCCACAGAGAAAAACAGUGUCUGCAGGAAAGUCAGUGCUGUGGAGAAGACUCCAGUUCAGCCAGCCACAAUCCAAGCCUAUUCAAAAAGAAAUUGAAUACCAGAACCUCAGAUUCCCCACAGAUCUGUCAAAUCCGUAUGCUGUAGCCACUGUUUUGAAUCAGGAACCAGGCAAAAUGAAGAUUAGGAACUUGAAAGAAGUCCUUUGCCAAGGCGAUGAAGGGAUAAAAACAAGACAGAUGAAGGAAGCCAUAUUUGAACUGAAAGUCAAACAAAAUAUUCAGAAAGAGGAAGCAAAUCAUCUGAAGUGGCAAGUUCGUAAAGGCAAGGAUCCAGUCUCUGUGGAAUUCAAAAAAGAGGUUAUCGAAAACCGGCAGAGGGAAGAAGAGCGGUACAAGAUUCAAAGAGGAGAUCCUAUCAUAGAAAAGGAGUUUCAAAGGAACGAAGUAGAAACUUCUUCCAGACGUGUUAUCCGGACUGUUGAGCAGCAUCCAAAUGUCCAUCCCACAUUCAACUUGCUCCGUAAUGACCCUUGGGACAACAGAAACAGGACGUUGAGGAAAUUCCAACAAGCAGCAUACAAGAUUGUGAUUCAGAGUCGACUAAAUCGUUUACUGCAUCUGUUCCGUGGGCUAACAAGAGACGCCAAAGUAGUGGAGGAAGGCUCUGCAUCUGGAAACAGGUGUUUCAGCAAAACAGAGAAGAGUGAAGAAUAUAAGGGCAUUUCUUCCAGCAUAUCUGAAGAUCGUAUAUUGCCUUUUGAAUUCCCCUUUUACAGUUCCCUUGAAUUGUGCCGCGAUUUGGAACCUGAUGCUCUUGGCCUCGUUCCUAUCAAACCUGUAGAUGUGAAAAUCAGACACGCUCUUCCCUUUUACGACUUGAAGGUUCCGCAGCAUUUCAGCAUUAUGGGUUAUCAGCCAUUUUGUACGCACCAUGCAGCCACAAGUUACAAACCUCGAAAACUUUGCCGGCCGCUGAGGCAGGGAGCCCAGGAUGAGUUGGUUCAAGUAGUUCCUUCUCCUGAGGGGCAGCUUAACCUGGUCUCCCACGGGAUGGAUUUUGACAAACCAUCCCCAGAAGAAGUGGCAGAAAGACAUGUCAGCCUCUUAAAACUGGUUCCUCCCCAAGCUUUAGUCUACCCUACAGAGAGCAACCCACUUCGCAUUUUUAACCCCUCUCCAGGAUUAUUUCCAGUUUUACCUCCUUUAGCUUAUUCUGAAACAAAUAUUGAAUAUCAUCUGUGUCCUCUUCCAAAAUACACCUUUACCAAGGAAUGCCCCAAAGGAUCCAGUAUUCCAGUCACACAGAAGAAAUUUCUGCAUCACAAGGAAGUGAUUUGUGGAGUGAUGGACUGGAGACGAUUCUUACCAGUGGUGUAUUCCAUCUUUUCGAACACUCCCAUGUUGGCGAGUACAACGUCUAGAGAUCCUUACAGUUCAGAUAUGCUUCCAACAGAGGUACCACCAAUGCUGUAUGACUUGCCUGAAAGAGACAGAGAGAACGUAAUUGACCAUGGGACAGAUGAAAUGGAGUUCAAAGUGAUUCUUACUCCAGAGAUGUUGAGAGCUGAAUUUCCACAAAUUGGGCAGGCGUUCACAGAAGAAGGCAAAAUGAAAUCAGCAAAAGAAGAAAGAGACACACAACACCAUCCAGAUGAACGUUUUCAACCCCAAAACAACGGGCUCAGAGAGAAGGUUCAAAAACAUGUGGAGAAGAUGAAGAUGAAAGCACUUAAUAAAACCCUUAUUCUGGAAUAA